AUGGAACCUCACUAUCUUAAAGCUCUUUAUCCUGAACAAAAGAAAAUUAAACACCAUAGAACCUUUAAAUGCCAGACAACCCGUGAUAAUGAAAAGAUCAAGAAGAGGAUAAAAAUUAACAAAAACCGUAUUAAUUUUAUUAAUGAAUAUUUAAAUAAGUUCUUUUCAACCAAUGUAACGACCACUAUUCUUAUUUCUUUUGCAAAGCUUCUUAGUUCACAAUUGAAUUUGACUCUUGACAGAUUAGCAAAGAGGAACCGAACCUCUCUCCUCUGUUGGUACUCUGAAAAUUGGAACUCUAUAUACUACAUUCUUAAUACCGUAGAUUUCCCUUCGUUCAUCAGGAAAAUACCCAAAGAAGAAGAAAUUCAAGUUUCUAAUAUGCAGCCGUCCUGCAUAGAUCCAUCAGAUUUGAGUUAUCUUCUUAAUUAUCAUUAA